CUCCAUCUCUCUCUCCUAUAUAUCUCUCUCUUCUUCCACUCUCUCUCCCUCUCUCUCUCUCUCUCUCUCACCUCCAUCAAGAACGCAACCAGAAAAACCAGAAACCCAAACUACCCAGCAAGAACUCACUCAUUCACUCGAUCCACCAAUCCCACCAUCUCAGAUUCCUCUCCCUCCCCCAUUUUCGGCUCCAAUUUCGGAUCUUUUUCAUGGGUUUCCCAGUGUGCUACAGCGAGCUCCUCCUCCCGAAGCUCCUCCUCGACACCCUCUCCAUCUUCACCGUCCUCCGCCGCCUCAUCUCCGCCCUCCUCGGCCUCGCCGGCCUCUCCGGCUUCCUCGACCCGGACCCCCACCACCUCGACCCGGUGUCCCGCCCCCCGCCGGAGCCGGCGCCGUCCGUGUCGGCGGCCCUGAUGCGGGAGAUCCUGCCGGUGGUCCGGUUCGCCGACCUGGCGGACCCCCCGGAGAGCUGCGCCGUCUGCCUGUACGACUUCGACGGGGAGGACGAGACCCGGCGGCUGGCGAACUGCAGCCACGUCUUCCACCGGGGCUGCCUGGACCGCUGGAUGGGAUACGACCAGAUGACGUGCCCGCUCUGCCGGACGACGCUGGUGCCCGACGACGUGGUCGGCGCCAUCAACGAGCGGCUCUGGGCGGCGUCGUUCGUGCCGGAGUUCCACGGAUUCGAAGAGUACGCUCACGUCACUGGCUUAUAGCAAUAGAAAAAGGAAGGCCAAGUUUUGAUUUUUAUUUUCAGGAAGUCUCUGGUGCUUCUUUUUUUUUUUUUUUUUUUUUUUUUUUGGGGGGUGGAUGGGUUGGUUUGAUCUUUGUAGAUAGAGGGAAAAUCGAUCGACCCCAAAAGGGUAAAAAAAAAAAAGAAAUGAAAUGAAAUUGGUACGAUUUUUGUAUAUUUUCAGUUGCGGAAAUUGAUCAAACUUGGCACCGCAUUUUGAGCCAUGAUAUCAAAUGGCGUUGCAAUAAAUUCCCAUGCUAAUACUUGAUUAA